GCACGGGGCGCGGCGGCGGCGCUGCGGGCGCUCCCGCUCCCGCUCCCCUUUGUUCGGAGGCAGCGGCGGAGGCUGCGGGAGCCGAUGGCGGCCGGGCCGGGCAGCGGCCCCGGGGCGCCCAGCGAGGCGGAGGCCGCUCACCUCUGCCGCAGCCUGGAGGUGGGCACCGUCAUGACCCUCUUCUACUCCAAAAAGUCGCAGCGGCCCGAGAGGAAAACUUUCCAGGUGAAGCUGGAGACCCGGCAGGUCACCUGGAGCCGAGGCUCCGAGAAGACCGAGGGAGCCGUGGACAUUCGUGAAAUCAAAGAGAUUCGCCCAGGAAAGAAUUCGCGCGAUUUUGACCGGUACCAGGAGGAUCCAUGUUUCCGAGCGGACCAGUCUCACUGCUUUGUUGUCCUCUACGGCACAGAGUUCAGGCUGAAGACCCUCAGCCUGCAAGCCACAUCCGAGGAGGAGGUCAACAUGUGGAUCAAGGGGCUGAACUGGCUGGUGGCAGAUACCCUAAGGGCUGCCACCCCGCUGCAGAUUGAGAGGUGGCUCAGGAAGCAGUUCUACUCGCUGGAUCGCAACCGGGAGGACAGGAUCUCUGCCAAGGACCUGAAGAGCAUGCUGUCCCAGGUCAACUACCGCGUCCCCAACAUGAGGUUCCUGCGGGAGCGGCUGACGGACGUGGAGCAGAGGAACGGGGAUAUCACGUACGGGCAGUUUGCACAGCUCUACCGCAGCCUGAUGUUCAGUGCCCAGAAAAUGAUGGACGUCCCGUUCCUAGAAAGGGGUGGAGAAAGGUCCGAGCACUUCAGGGUGUCGCUGCUGGAGUUCCAGAAGUUCCUGCUGGAGUACCAGAGGGAGCUCUGGGCUGCAGAUACCCUCCAGGUACAGGAAUUCAUGUUCAACUUCCUGCGGGACCCUUUGAGAGAGAUCGACGAGCCGUAUUUCUCCCUGGACGAGUUUCUCACCUUCCUGUUUUCCAAAGAGAACAGCAUCUGGAACUCGCAGCUGGACAUGGUGUGUCCGGAGAACAUGAACAACCCCCUCUCCCAUUACUGGAUCUCCUCCUCGCACAACACGUACCUGACCGGGGACCAGUUCUCGAGCGAGUCCUCGCUGGAGGCGUACGCCCGCUGCUUGCGCAUGGGAUGCCGCUGCAUCGAACUGGAUUGCUGGGAUGGUCCUGACGGCAUGCCGGUCAUCUACCAUGGACACACCUUAACCACCAAGAUCAAGUUCUCUGACGUCUUGGUCACUAUCAAGGAGCACGCCUUCGUCACCUCCGAUUUCCCCGUCAUUCUGUCCAUCGAGGACCACUGCAGCAUUGCUCAGCAGAGGAACAUGGCUCAGAAUUUCAAGAAGGUCUUUGGGGACAUGCUCUUGACCAAACCAGUAGAUAUUUCUGCUGACGGGCUCCCCUCUCCAAAUCAGCUCAAGAGGAAGAUCCUCAUCAAGCACAAGAAGCUGGCUGAGGGCAGUGCUUACGAGGAGCUGCCCACCUCCGUGAUGUACUCCGAGAAUGACAUCAGCAACUCCAUCAAGAACGGGAUCCUCUACCUGGAAGACCCCAUCAAUCACGAGUGGAACCCGCAUUACUUUGUCCUGACCAGCAGCAAGAUCUAUUACUCGGGGGAGACAACCAGUGACCAAGGAAACGAGGAUGAGGAAGAGCAGAAGGAGGUGAGCAACAGCACGGAGCUGCACUCCACGGAGAAGUGGUUUCACGGCAAGCUGGGAGCGGGGCGCGACGGGCGGCACAUAGCCGAGAGGCUGCUGACGGAGUACUGCAUCGAGACGGGGGCCCCCGACGGCUCCUUCCUCGUCAGGGAGAGCGAGACCUUUGUCGGGGACUACACCCUCUCCUUCUGGCGCAACGGGAAGGUGCAGCACUGCCGCAUCCACUCGCGGCAGGACGCCGGCAGCCCCAAGUUCUUUCUGACCGACAACCUGGUGUUCGACAGCCUCUACGACCUCAUCACCCACUACCAGGAGGUGCCGCUGAGGUGCAACGAGUUCGAGAUGAGGCUGACGGAGCCGGUGCCUCAGACCAAUGCCCACGAGAGCAAAGAGUGGUACCACGCCAACCUCACCCGCGCCCAAGCCGAGCACAUGCUGAUGAGGGUGCCGCGGGACGGAGCCUUCCUGGUGCGCAAGAGGAGCGAGCCCAGCUCCUACGCCAUCUCCUUUCGGGCGGAAGGGAAGAUCAAGCACUGCCGCGUGCAGCAGGAGGGCCAGACCGUGCUGCUGGGCAACUCCGAGUUUGAGAGCCUGGUCGACUUGAUCAGCUACUACGAAAAGCACCCGCUGUACCGCAAGAUGAAGCUGAGGUACCCCAUCAACGAGGAGACCCUGGAGAAGAUAGGGACAGCGGAGCCGGACUACGGAGCCCUCUACGAGGGACGCCACCCCGGCUUCUACGUGGAGGCCAACCCCAUGCCGACCUUCAAGUGUGCAGUCAAAGCCCUGUUUGACUACAAGGCACAGCGGGAGGACGAGCUGACCUUCACCAAAAACGCCAUCAUCCAAAAUGUGGAGAAACAGGAAGGAGGCUGGUGGAGGGGAGAUUACGGCGGCAAGAAGCAGCUGUGGUUCCCCUCCAACUACGUGGAGGAGAUCAGCAGUCCCAGCAGCCUGGAGCCGGAGCGGGAGCAGCAGCUGGACGAGAACAGCCCCCUGGGAGACCUGCUCGGAGGCGUGCUGGACGUGCCCUCCUGCCAGAUCGCCAUCCGCCCCGAGGGGAAGAACAACCGCCUGUUCGUCUUCUCCAUUAGCAUGGCCUCGGUGUCGCGCCUGUCCCUUGACGUGGCAGCCGAUACGCACGAGGACUUGCUGGACUGGGUGAAGAAGAUCCGCGAGGCGGCCCAGACGGCCGAUGCACGGCUCUCCGAAGGGAAGAUGAUGGAAAGGAGGAAGAAGAUUGCCCUGGAGCUUUCGGAGCUGGUUGUCUAUUGCCGACCCGUGCCCUUCGAUGAAGAGAAGAUCGGCACAGAGAGGGCCUGUUACCGAGAUAUGUCCUCCUUCCCCGAGACCAAGGCAGAGAAGUACGUCAACAAGAUCAAGGGCAAGAAGUUCCUGCAGUACAACCGCCUGCAGCUCUCCCGUAUCUACCCCAAGGGCCAGCGCCUCGACUCCUCCAACUACGACCCCCUGCCCAUGUGGAUCUGCGGCAGCCAGCUGGUCGCCCUCAAUUUCCAGACCCCCGACAAGCCCAUGCAGAUGAACCAGGCCUUGUUCAUGUCCAGCGGGCAGUGCGGGUACGUCCUGCAGCCCACCAACAUGCGGGACGACAUCUUCGACCCCUUCGACAAGAGCACGCUGCGGGGCGUCGAGCCGCUCUCCAUCUCCAUCGAGGUCCUGGGGGCCCGGCACCUUCCCAAAAAUGGGAGGGGAAUAGUUUGUCCUUUUGUGGAGGUGGAGGUGUCCGGCGCAGAGUACGACAACGCGAAGCAGAAAACUGAGAUUGUGGCGGACAACGGCCUGAACCCCCUGUGGAGCCCAAAGCAGUUCCACUUCCAGGUCAGCAACCCCGAGUUCGCCUUCCUCCGCUUCGUGGUGUACGAGGAGGACAUGUUCAGCGAUGAGAACUUCCUGGCCCAGGCGACAUUCCUGGUCAAAGGCUUGAAGACCGGUUUCCGAGCUGUACCUCUGAAGAACAACUACAGCGAGAACCUGGAGCUGGCUUCCCUGCUUGUCAAGAUCGAUAUCUUCCCCAGCAAGCAGGAGAACGGCGAAAUCAACCUCUUCAGUGCCUCAGCCCUGCGGGAGCGAGCUGGGGAUGCUGCCAGCCAGCUGCUGGCCAGCAGAGGCAGGGAGGGCUCCUUUGAGGUGCGGUACCAGCAGCCGUUCGAGGACUUCCGAGUCUCGCAGGAGCAGCUGGCUGACCACUUCGAGAGCCGGGAGCGAAGGGUACUGCGACGGACCAGGGUCAACGGGGACAACCGGCUGUAAGGACAAGCGGCUGUAGCACCGCUCGGCCGCCCGGGAGCACCUCCCGUGCCUGUGAGUCUCACGGCACGCUGUGAACUGGUUUCUAUGGAAACGGCACUGCUAUGGCCUACUUUCAGGCAGCUUUUCCAGUUUCUCUGCUGAAGUGUGUUCAAGUGGAGAACUAAAAAAAAAAAAAAAUCGGGGGAAAAAAAAAACAACAACCAACGAACCGCCCCAAACACCCACCAACCUUCACCACGAAGCCCUUAAUGAAGUGUAUGGAUGUGCACAGCCUGCCAGCCGCCGAGGUGAGAGACAAAACUGUCUAUAAUUGCAAGGAACGAGACGAAAACAAGGGAAAAAAAAAAAACAAACCACACCACCCUCCGUCAUCUCGGCGCUGCCGGCAUGCGCGGGGAGCCUGCGUGGCUCGGGCGGCUGGAAGCCGUGUGCUGCGGGCUGCGGCCCGGUGGCCUGCACCGCCCGUCCCGUAUAGCCACUGCCUACGGGGCCAGUAGUGAAACUCAACGUUUACAAGGCCGCUCUAGCUUUAAAUGACAAUAAACGUGUCAGUAUUACACGCC